AUGGGCAGUGCCAGCGCCCGGGGCUGCGCUCUCCUGCAUCUCAACGAGGACAACGGGCGCUUCGUGCUGCUGGCCCUCCUCAUCGUGGCUUACCUGCUGUGCGGCGCCGCCGUCUUCUCGGCCAUCGAGCGGCCCACCGAGCUGGAGGCUCGGGCCAGGUGGAACCGGACCGUGCGCAACUUCGCCGACAAGUUCGACAUCGCCGCCGGCGAGCUGAGCGCCUUCCUGCGGGACUACGAGGCAGCCAUCGCCGCCGGCAUCCACGCCGACACCCUGAGACCCAGGUGGGACUUCACCGGAGCUUUCUACUUCGUGGGAACUGUGGUGUCCACUAUCGGUUUUGGCAUGACAACUCCAGCAACUGUGGCAGGAAAAGUGUUUCUGAUAUUUUAUGGCCUACUAGGAUGUGCAGGGACCAUUCUGUUUUUCAACCUCUUCCUGGAGCGCAUCAUUACCCUGCUGGCCUUCAUCAUGAAGGCGUGCUACCAGAGGCGGCUGCGGAGUAAAGGCCUACUGCCUCCCAUCAUUCGGCGGCAAUCAGCCAUCGACACAGCCAACUUGACUGGAUGGAAGCCAUCUGUGUACUACAUCAUGCUGAUCCUUGGGGUCACAGCGAUCAUAAUCUCCUGCUGUGCUUCUGCAAUGUACACUCCAGUGGAAGGAUGGAAUUACACCGACUCACUGUAUUUCUGCUUUGUCACCUUCAGUACUAUUGGCUUUGGGGAUCUGGUCAGCAGUCAGAAUGCAGCCUAUACAAAUCAGGGAUUGUACAGAUUUGGUAAUUUUGUAUUCAUACUCUUGGGGGUGUGCUGUAUCUAUUCACUCUUCAAUGUCAUCUCCAUUGUGAUCAAGCAGUUCGUCAACUGGCUACUGAGGAAACUGGAAUGUAGAUGCUGCCCAAGGUGCCGGAGAGGGAAGAUGCGCACUGGGCGGCGGAAUGCUAUCACCCCGGGACUAUCUCGUAUCCGCAGGAACCAUGUCUUGGCAGAUGCAGAGGGGCCAUGUGACAGUGAUGGAGAGGGAAGGAGGCUCUCUGGGGAAAUGAUCUCCAUGAGGGACCUCACUGCCUCCAACAAGGUGUCACUUGCCAUCCUGCAGAAGCAGCUGUCAGAAACUGCCAAUGGCUAUCCUCGGACAGUGUGCGUCAACACGAGGCAGAAUGGCUUCUCAGGUGGGGUGGGUGCUUUAGCCAUUAUGAAUAACAGGUUAGCAGAAACCAGCGAAAGUAGGUAA